UUAAAAACGGGGGAGGCGAGGAGGAUUUCCCUGAGAAUUCCAUCUAUCAAUCUAUGCUGGUAAUGGCUCAAUCUUUAUCCUUAAUGAAAUGGGUAUUCCAUCAUCAUCAUCAUUAUCCAACUAUUACAUCAUCUAUGGCUUCUUCUUCUUCUUCUUCAAAUUCAAAGAGAAUGUUUUCUUUUUUGAUGCUUCAUUCACAGACACAAUUUCAACAUUGUGAACCUCCCAUUCCUAGGUUAAUAAGAAUAGGAGGAGGAGGAUCAAUACUGUAUUCAAGUAAUCAUAAUCGUAUUUCUUCUCAGCAGCAAAAACGAUUGCAAAUCAAAGCGUAUUCUUCAAGUGGUAACAACAGUGAUGGCAACACAGAUUUUCUUGAAUUAUCUGAUGAACAGCUUAUGAAUCAGUGUGAAAUGGAUACUUUUAAAUCUUCUGGUCCUGGAGGACAACAUCGUAAUAAGCGUGAAUCUGCUGUUAGACUCAAACAUCUUCCAACUGGUAUCAUUGCCCAGGCUGCUGAGGAUCGUUCGCAACAUAAGAAUCGUGCAUCAGCGUUGUCUCGUCUCCGCACGCUUUUAGCUCUUAAAGUCAGGAACACGUUAGACCUUGAGGAUUAUAAACCUCCUCCAGAACUUCUUCAGAUUCUUCCAAAGAAGUCAGCGAUUAGAGGUUCAGAUACAGGUCCUCAAAUCGGGCAUAACAAUCCAAAGUUUGCUUCAGGAAUGCGGGCUUUAUUGGAUGUAAUAUAUGCUGUUGAUGGUUCUGUAGCAGAUGCAGCCAAGUUACUGGGGCUAACUACAGGAGGUCUAUCUCGGCUGAUUUUAUCAGAUGAUUCUCUCAGACUAGCUGUUAAUGAGUUCAGGGCAACUAAGGGUAUGAAGCCUCUCAAAUAAGAUAGAUACGUGACUAUUGCAAUGACGUCUAUGCCAGUCAAUCCAGUCGAGGUUUCACGCUCAACAUACCAUAUGAAUAUCUUACAUGUAUAUGAAAAUCCUUGUUUCAUUACUUGUGUGAUGGAGAUUCUAUCUUUUCUGUGCAGCAUUUCAAUGAGAAAAUUGCAUUUUGCUGUGGUGCCAUAAAAGCUGUGAACAGUGAAUGAAAUUGAAAGAUAUGCUUUUAUUCCAUUUUUGUAUUAUUUUGCACACUAAUUGAAAGUACAGACCCUGUACUUUUUUGUAAAGAGCCCCUUAUGUGGGACAAUUCAUGCUCAUCAUAUCAGUUCGAACUAUGAUUAUAGCUGAUGAUCCUAGUUCACGACUAUAUGUAAUACAAAAAUUAUAAGUUCAUUCAUCAUUCUUCC